GCUAUGCAUAUAAAUAAAUAAAUAUUUAUUACAAUAUAUUAGUUUGAGCAUAUUUGGUAUGUACAUACAUACAUAUAUAAAUGUGAAGCUCAAAAUAUUGUUUAGUUCUAAAAGAGCAUUGUGAAAGUGAAGAAGCGUUGAAAUAUUUUAGUUAUUAAAUUCAAAAGUACAGAGAAAGUGAAUUUCAACACCGAAAAUGACGUCAGCACGGUUUUACUUUUUAGCUGCACAAAUUCUUUUCGCUGCGAACCACAUAAUCAUGGCAGCUGCCGGCACAAUCGCACCCUCGCUUUCGGCGAGUCAUAAUCUCUUCGCCUCGGACAUUUACCAAAAGAUUGCUCUGAAGCGUUCAGAGGAAAACGUGGUCUUUUCACCAGCGUCCAUACAAAGUUGCUUAGCUUUGGCCUUCCUUGGCGCCGAGGGUGAGACAGCGCAACAAAUGCGGCACGGGUUACGUUUACCAGUGGCAUUAGAGAAGACCAGCAUUGCUGAUGAUUAUGCGGGUUUUCUGCAGAAGAACUUCCGCACAGGAGCCGGUCUUACGGAGGAUACACCAAAGCUGCGCAUGGCCAACCGCAUUUAUGUAAAUGAGGCGCUGCAAUUGUCGCCAGCCUUCAAUAACUUGGCCAAAACUAGUUUCGGCUCUGAAGCUUUACCAACGAAAUUCGCCGAAUCCGCUAAAGCUGCUGACGCGAUCAAUAAAUGGGUGGCGAAUGAGACGGAGAAUAAAAUUCAAAAUUUAUUGCAACCUGAUGCUGUGAAUGCCGACACGAGUGCGAUAUUGGUGAAUGCUAUUUACUUUAAGGCCAAGUGGCUAAAGCCUUUUAGCAAGUUCUCAACUACCGAACAGGAGUUCAGAAUGGGUGACGGCCAGACGCAAAUGGUGCCGAUGAUGUAUGCGGAUGAGCAUUUGAAAUAUGGCGAAUUGACCGAUUUGAAAGCGAAAGCACUUGAGUUGCCCUACAAGGGUUCGGAUCUGUCUAUGCUGAUACUAUUACCCAACAAGAUUGAUGGUUUGUCGGCAUUGGAGAAGAAAUUGGCUAAUGUAGAUUUCAACCAAAUCACCGAGCGUUUGCAGAGUCAUAGUGUUGAUGUAUCCCUGCCAAAGUUUCGUAUCGAAUUCAAUAUUGAUUUGAAGGAACCUUUGCAACAGUUAGGCAUGAGCAACAUGUUCCAGGAUACGGCCAACUUCAACAGCCUUUUUGUCGGCGGUUCAAGGCAAAAAGUCAAUGAUGUUAAACACAAAGCUUUCUUGGAUGUGAAUGAAGCUGGCUCGGAGGCUGCGGCGGCGACUUUCAUGAAAAUGGUGCCGAUGAGUCUGAACUUGGACCAAAAGUCAUUUAGGGCUGACCAUCCAUUUGUGUUUGCGAUAAGAAAUAAGGAGGCGGUAUAUUUCGUGGGUCACGUAGCGAAAUUGUAAAAAAGUAUGAGUUUGGCGGUGCUACCCUUUCCAAAUAAACAAAAAAAAAAACCCUAAAAAAUUUAAA